UAAAAUUUCGUUUUUUAAUUUUAUUGAUGAAAUUUAUCAACUCGUGUCGUUUAUGCGAAACCAAAUAAAAAUUUUCAGUUACAAUUAUUCUUAUUAUUGUCCUUAUCGUACCGUUUCUAAUUGUGACUACAACACUGUUAGUCAAAACGCUGUUAUCAAGCUCGGUUGAGAGCGCACUGCUUUUCCACGUCAGUGUGUUUACCAAGACCAGACUGACAGCUACUGGCGUAUGUUUUAGUUUUCUUAAUUCUUCGAAAAUAUAUGCUGUCACGCCGUGGAAUGUCCCAAAAUUGUCGUUCGUCUAUAUGUUGUGGUGAGUUGAACUACAAUACUGGUCGUCUCCACUCACUGUUGGCCGGUUAGCUGCUAGCUUGCACAGCUAGUCCGUCAGUAGCUUCUACGGAAGUCCAUCUUCGAAGUAGAAGUCACACACGCAGAACUCAGUAUGGUGGACAAAAGUAUCUACAUUGUCCAGGGUGAAAUUACAUCUGUUGUCGGUGCUAUUAAGAGGAACUCAAGAUGGAACACCCACACUCCCUUGGAUGAAGAGCAGGAUCCAUUGUUGAACAGUUUUGGCCACCUGAAGGAAAUACUCAGCAACAUAAAAGAACUGUCCGACGUAGAACCCAAUGUGUUCCUCAGACCUUUCCUAGAGGUGGUCCGCUCGGAGGAUACCACUGGACCAAUCACAGGCCUUGCCCUUACCUCUGUCAACAAGUUCUUGUCGUAUGGCUUAAUAGUGUGGGCCUGGAGUACCUGGAGAAAAAAACAAACAAGCAUGCAAGCACAGAGUACAGAUGCUAACCAUGAAGGUGCAGCUGAGGCCAUAGAGAAUAUGGCGGAUGCCGUAACACAUGCCAGAUUUGUUGGAACAGACCCUGCCAGUGAUGAAGUGGUCCUUAUGAAAAUUCUCCAGGUCUUGAGGACCCUGCUGCUGACACCAGUUGGAGCCCACCUGACAAAUGAAUCUGUUUGUGAGAUCAUGCAGUCCUGCUUCCGUAUCUGCUUUGAGAUGCGGCUAAGUGAACUCCUCAGAAAAUCAGCUGAACACACCCUUGUUGAUAUGGUGCAGCUUCUGUUUUCCAGACUUCCCCAAUUUAAGGAAGAGGCCAAAAGUUAUGCUGGUGCCAGCAUGAAGAAGUUGAAGAUGCGUGCAGGUGGAAUGAAUGAGUCAUCCAAAUGGAAAAAGCAGAAACGUUCACCAAAGCCAACUCGCCACAUGGUGCAAAGUUCCUCUGGACAGAUGGACCCUGCCCAGUCUACCAACCUCAGUAGUACCAACCUAUCUGGUGGAGUUGUCGUAAUGGAGCAAAGGUGUUCACUACCCGCCUCAGACAGCGCUGGCUCUUCUAUUUCCAGUCCCACAACCACAGACAGUGGCCUAGAGUCCUGCUCCAAAACCACUUCUCGGGAAGACCUCUCCGACCUGGAUCAGUGUAGCUUGUUUGCAGCUACACCUGUCAAUGCCAACACAGUCCUAGAGACAAAUCCUGGCUCUCCAAAUGCACAGGCUGACGUUAGACCGGCUCAAUCAACAUCAGUAGAGUCAAUCCCAGAGGUUCUUGAGGAAAAAGACUUGAUUGCAGAACAGUCAGGGAGCACCUCUAUCCAUGACAUGGACUACGUCAAUCCCCGAGGUGUCCGUUUCACACAGUCCACACAAAGAGAUGGUGCAUCCCUCAUCCCCUAUGGUCUGCCAUGUCUCCGGGAGCUCUUCCGGUUCCUCAUCUCAUUGACCAACCCCCAUGACCGCCACAACACUGAUGCGAUGAUGCACAUGGGCCUGCAACUGCUGAGUGUGGCCCUGGAGUCUGCAGACUUUGUCAACUACCUAUCUUUGCUAGGACUGAUUAAAGAUGAGCUUUGUAGGCAUCUUUUCCAGCUGCUGAGCAUGGACCGUCUGAACCUCUAUGCUUCGUCGUUACGAGUGUGUUUCCUACUAUUUGAGAGCAUGAGAGUGCAUCUUAAAUUUCAGCUGGCGAUGUACCUUAAGAAACUGAUGGACAUAAUCACAUCCGAGAAUAUGAAGAUGCCCUAUGAAAUGAAGGAAAUGGCUCUGGAGGCACUGGUACAGCUGUGGAGGAUCCCCAGCUUUGUCACUGAGCUGUACAUCAACUAUGAUUGUGACUUCUACUGCUCUAAUCUAUUUGAAGACCUCACCAAGCUGCUGUCUAAGAAUGCAUUCCCUGUGUCCGGACAGCUCUACACAACUCACCUUCUGUCACUGGAAGCUCUACUAACUGUCAUUGACAGCACUGAGGCCCACUGCCAAGCCAAAGUGCUAGACAACAUCGCUUGCCAAGACCAUUCAGAAAAACUGCCACUGGAGGAAGUAACAUUAAUAAAAAAGGGAACAGAUGCUACAACUGAUCUUAUUCAAGACGGCAGUAUCAACGGUUGGAGUUUUCCACGAGCGGACCGUGGUCCAGGAUGCCCACCAACUAGUGGAAAUCUGAUGGCAGAAAAGAUGAAACUGUGUCGACAGGAGCAAAGAGAGAGUGACGCUACUGAGAAGACAACCAUGAAAAAACCUCAACGUUUCUCUUCAAGUAUACCUGAUUCCCAAGAGUUGUUCGAAAUAAGGACAAAGAAAAAGCUUCUGAUCACAGGGACAGAGCAAUUUAAUCUGAAACCAAGGAAGGGAAUUCAGUUCCUUCAAGAAAAAGGGCUUCUCAGUAAUCCAAUGGAUAACAACCAAGUGGCCCAAUGGCUCCGAGAGAAUCCCAGAUUGGACAAAAAGAUGAUCGGGGAAUUUGUCAGUGAUCGCAAUAAUAUGGAGCUCCUAGACAGCUUUGUCAACACGUUCACCUUCCAGGGACUUCGUAUUGAUGAGGCCUUGAGGCUUUACCUUGAGGCCUUCAGGUUACCAGGAGAGGCUCCUGUCAUCCAAAGACUUCUGGAAACAUUUACAGACAACUGGCAUAAAGUAAACGGCUCUCCCUUCCUGACCAAUGAUGCAGGAUUUGCCUUGGCCUACGCUGUUAUCAUGUUGAACACUGACCAGCAUAACCACAAUGUACGGAAGCAGAAUAUCCCAAUGACUGUCGAGCAAUUCAAGAAGAAUCUAAAGGGAGUUAAUGGAAACAAAGAUUUUAACCAGGACAUGCUAGAGGAUAUCUACAAUGCUAUCAAGAAUGACGAGAUUGUGAUGCCAGAUGAGCAGACUGGUUUAGUCAAGGAGAACUAUGUGUGGAGUGUGCUGCUACAUCGCGGUGCUACACCAGAGGGGACUUUCCUUCACCUGCCACCUGGCAGUUAUGACCAUGACUUAUUCACCAUGACCUGGGGUCCGACUAUUGCGGCUUUGUCCUAUGUCUUUGACAAGAGUCUGGAUGACAACAUCCUCCAAAAGGCCAUUACUGGCUUCAGGAAAUGUGCAAAGAUAGCAGCUCACUAUGGAUUUAAUGAUGUUUUUGACAAUUUGAUCAUCUCGCUGUGCAAGUUUACAACUCUGAGCAGUGAGUCAGUAGAAAACCUCCCAACUGUGUUUGGGAGCAACACAAAGGCGCAAACAGCUGCCAAGACGGUGUUUGAUCUUGCCCAUCAGCACGGCAACAUCCUCAGAGAAGGUUGGAAGAACAUCAUGGAUUCCAUGCUGCAGCUGUUCAGGGCCGAACUACUACCCAAAGCCAUGGUCGAGGUGGAGGAUUUUCUUGAGCCAAAUGGAAAAAUCUCUCUUCAAAGAGAGGAAACUCCUUCUCAUCGUGGGGAGUCGGCAGUCUUGAGUUUUGUCAACUGGCUGACUCUGAGUGGAGCUGAGCAGUCUGGACUAAGAGGACCUUCUAUGGAAAAUCAGGAAGCCAAACAAGCCGCCCUCCUCUGCAUCAAGCAAUGUGACCCAGAGAUGAUGAUCACAGAGAGCAAGUUCCUUCAGCUUGAGUCUUUACAGGAACUAAUGAAGGCGUUGAUAUCGGUCACCCCCGAUGACGAGACUUACGAUGAAGAGGAUGCCGCCUUUUGUUUGGAGAUGUUACUGCGUAUUGUUAUGGAGAAUCGAGACCGUGUGUCGUGUGUGUGGCAGACCGUGCGGGACCAUCUCUGCCAGCUCUGCGUCCACGCCAACGAGAGCUGUUUCUUGGUAGAGAGGGGUGUCGUCGGACUCCUUCGACUUGCCAUCCGCUUGCUACGGCGAGAAGAUAUUAGUUCCCAGGUGCUCCUUUCCCUGCGUCUCCUGCUUAUGAUGAAACCACAUGUUUUGUCCCGGGUCAGUAGAGAGGUGGCUUACGGUCUGCAUGAACUGCUAAAGACCAAUGCAGCCAACAUCCAUAGCACAGACCAUUGGUACACUCUCUUCUCAUUGCUUGAAUGCAUUGGUGCUGGAGUGAAACCUCCCGCCUCCUUUCAGUUUACGUCUGCCAGCACAGACAUCGAAACAGGUGCUCAGUCAGACAGUGAGUUGCCAUCCCACCAUCCGAGUGAAGUGAGUUUAGAUCGCGGGUACACGUCUGACUCAGAGGUCUACACUGAACACAGCAAGACCCGAAUCCCUCGCUCCACAACAGAUGUGGAUGUUGCAAGCAGUGGAUGGCUGGUGGUUGGAAAAGAGGAUUUGGAAACCAGUAAGGCCCCUCCAGUAAGCUCCAAAUCUCAACUCAAUCACCCCUUGGUCAACCAGUACAGUCUCACAGUGGGUCAGGACCUUGGCCAGCACGACACAAAGUCUCUCAUCAAGUGUGUAGAAACACUGUCAUUCAUUGUCCGUGACGCUGCCCACGUCACACCGGACAACUUUGAGCUGUGUGUUCGAGCGAUCCGGGUAUUCGUGGAGGCUAGCCUCAAUGGAGGUUACCGCAACCAUGACAAGAAGAAGAGUCAUAAGUUUGACUCUUCCAAGUCUCGUUUGAGGAAGAGGGUUGGAGGGAAGGAGAAAGAAGGCGGCAAUGGCACAAGACGAGGCGGAAGCCGGGCUUCCAGCCAACGUCCGUCACGUUCCCAUAGUGAUGAUGAGGAGGAGGAGGGUGUCCCAGCAAGUUACCACACGGUGUCAUUACAGGUUAGUCGGGAUCUUUUAGACUUGAUGCACACAUUGCACACUCGGGCUGCCAGCAUCUACAGCUCUUGGGCAGAAGAAGAGCGCAAUCUCGAGGCUGCCGGUAAAAAGAUCGAAGCUGACUCCCAGACACUGUGGACUAGCUGCUGGUGCCCACUGCUCCAAGGCAUUGCAUGGCUGUGCUGCGAUGCCAGACGGCAAGUGCGUAUGCAGGCUCUCAACUACCUCCAGAGGGCUCUGCUUGUACAUGAUCUCCAGACGCUAAAUGCUGCAGAAUGGGAAUCCUGCUUCAAUAAGGUGCUUUUUCCAUUACUGACCAAACUCCUCAACAACAUAAGCCCAGCUGAUGUUGGUGGAAUGGAGGAGACCAGAAUGAGAGCCUGUACCAUCCUAUCCAAGGUUUUUCUGCAACACCUCCUACCACUGUUGUCCCUGCCAACCUUUGCUGCCCUGUGGCUCACCAUUCUGGAUUUCAUGGACAAGUACAUGCAUGCGGGAUCCAGUGACUUAUUGUUGGAGGCCAUCCCAGAGUCUCUAAAGAAUAUGCUGCUGGUGAUGGACACAGCAGAAAUCUUCCGCAGUGCAGAUUCCAAGACAAAAUACUCAGACUUGUGGGAAAUAACGUGGGAACGAAUCGACUGCUUCCUGCCUCACCUGAGAGAGGAGCUCUUUAAACAGACUGUUUUACCAGUUCCUUCAGAACCAGUACCCAGUCCUCCUCCAUCAGAGUUGCAGCCACCAUCCUCAUCAGGCCGGCCUCCCUCACCACAGGGUUCUCUGGUUCCAGCACUCCAACAGCCGCCCUCUCCUGUGUCUCUGCCCGUAACGUCCGCAGAGCCUCGAACUCCCAGCAGGCCAUCAUCGCCGCAGGAGACCCCAGCCAAUGCCAAUGUGCCAGACCAAUCAUCUUCCCCAGCGCCAGUGCCACCACAGACCCCCCACAGUCAAGUGUCCUCACCCUUGAGCCAGUCACCUCUCAUCAUCCAACCCCUUGCUUCUCCACUGCAGGUGGGGGUCCCGCCCAUGUCCCUGCCAAUCAUCCUCAACCCCGCCCUCAUCGAGGCCACAUCCCCGGUACCGCUGCUCCCUGGUCCCAGACCUACGAGCCCCUCUGACGAGGUCCAGUAGGAGCUCUGUUGCUUCACAAACAAAACGGCUCGGCACGCACUCUUCAACCUGUGACUUCACUCCAGGAACUCUGAUCCAGUCAUCUUAGGGUCUGUUGGAGGAUCAUGUCCUUAUAAUGGCAAUUCUGGCAGAUUACAGUUUAUUUUUUGACUCAUUCGGCACUGUGAAGGUAAAGAAAAAAAUCACAUUUUCUACUCUGGGAAUGUUCAUGAUGACAUCCUAAUCAUGUUAGGGACUAUACUCUAAAGUCAUGGUUUGCUUUCUGACAACCAGACUUAAGCUUUAGUAGUGUUUGGACAGUCCUGUCGUAAAAUAUCUUAGAAUCUAAAAGGAAAUAUACAGUAAUACAAAAACCGUUAAAAAUGUUAACGCAUCCAAACAUAUUGGGAGGGGAAAAAAAGGAAUUCCAUCUAUUAUCUGUGCUGCUUAGAUCAUUACAUACACAUAUUGAUGCACUUGCAUAUGGUGGUGGAAUUAUUCCUGCGAAUGCGCCCCACAUUAUUAGGCUUGCGUAGUCUGUCAGAUUCCAUGUUUUGAUCAUGUAAGCAAUGUGCUUCAAGACAUGUUAUUCACUGGAGCAAAUUUAAACCUCAUGAUCAUGAAAUACCUUUUGUGCCUCUUAGUUUGCAUGUUAAGGUUAAGAUUGCAGGCAAAGGAGAGUUAAGUAUUUGAGGCACCGCAUGUCAAUUAAAUCAGCUUGAUUCACGUUCAGCGUUAUUGCCAGCCUUGUAAUAACUCGUGUGGGAUCAGCUCAGACUGCAGAAAACAACCAAUUCGAUGACAGAGAUACAAUUGUUUUUCAUUUAUUGGGCUGAGACCGGUCCGUACUCUCUGCGCCCCCCUCUUCUUUUUUCCCUUUUUCCUUUUGAAACCCCAUACAAAAAACAAGCUUUGUUUGAAAGCAUGUCAUCAAAGGUUUGUGUGCAUGUUCGGUCCUUCAGAGGAUCAGCAGAUCAACAUUCCAAAGUGUAGAUGAAUUAUAUAGAGUGCAGUACUGUUGUUUCUCUUUGUGCUUUGGUAUAGCUCCCUGUGUACAAUGUAGCGCACACGGUUAAAUCCUAGCGCCCACAAACCUCAUCAAUGAAUGAACGCGGUUCCCCCUUUUAGAUUUCAAACAGAAUUUGCCGACAGAAAUACUAUGUUGAUAUUUUUAAUGACAUUUCUCAGAAAAUUCAAAAAGUGUAUUGAAUUUCCAUAGAUAUACCUUCCAUUCUGCUGAGCAAUAUAGGUACAUGGCAUUUACUGGAUUUGACAAGAUAUUGUUUUGCAUCAUUUUCUCAUGUGAUGACACUAAAAUUGACUUGCUUGUAUACUAGUUAUGUCACUUAAGACAGCACAGUGUCUCCUUAACGUUGGGUGGCCCUUGAUGUUUUAUGUUAUUUAUUGAGUUGGGGAAAAAAUCACAACCCACACACGGAAAAUUGGUCUCAUACCACCAACCGCUUAAGAGAUUUCUUUAAAAGAAACAAAAUAUAUAUUUUGUUUUGGAGCUGAUGUUUGGCUUGAACAGGAAAUCAAAUCAAUUGAAUAUGUACAUAAUAUAUAAAUGAAAGGUGAUGUGCUUUUUACGAUGUAAU